GCCACGGCGGAGCAGCAGCGGCGGCAGCAGCAGAGGGGCGGGGAGCUGCCGGGGGCUCCGUUCUUGGGCCAGCCGCCGCCGCCUCGCUUUGCCGCUUCCAUGCGGGUCUGGUCCAGAUCCAAGACAGCAGCUACCUUUGGGAAGAGACAAAAGAUCGAGGAGAGUGAAAGAACUUUCUGCCACAUUUUUAAUAUACAAGAAUCGAACACAAUGGCUCUUAGGGAAGCUUUUGUUGGACUGCGGCAUUAUUGGGACUAGAGACCUUGAAUAUUUCCUCACCAAUCUUCUUCUAAUCCAAGCAGCACACAAAGAAUUGGGUCCCCCCAGGCACCUCUUUGCUGCCAUUAAUAGCUAUGACUGGGAAGAUGGCAUCUAGUCUUACUUGUACUGGAGUGGUCUGGGCAUUUUUUUCUUUCCUCUGUGCUGGUGUUUCCUGCGUGGGGUUCUUCAUGCCUUACUGGCUGCUGGGAUCUCAGCUGGAGAAGACAGUGUCAUUUGGCACUUUCCGGAGGUGCUCCUACCCGGUACGAGACGAGAGCCGUCAGAUCACCGUGAUGGUGGAGCAGUGUGGACGCUACGCCUCUUUCCAGGCCAUUCCAAGUGUGGAGUGGAGGAUCUGCACAGUUGUGACAGGCUUGGGCUGUGGUCUUCUCCUUCUGGUGGCCCUUACAGCACUCAUGGGAUGCUGUGUGACUGAGCUUAUCUCCAGGGCUGUGGGCAGGGUUGCUGGAGGCAUCCAAUUCUUGGGAGGCCUGUUGAUUGGUUCUGGUUGUGCUCUUUAUCCUCUGGGCUGGGACAGUGAAGAAGUCAGGCAGGCCUGUGGCAAUCUUUCCAACCAGUUUGAACUGGGCACUUGUGAAAUUGGCUGGGCUUAUUACUGCACUGGAGGAGGUGCUGCUGCUGCGAUGCUGAUCUGCACUUGGCUGGCCUGUUUUUCAGGCAAGAAACAGAAACAGUAUCCUUAUUGAAGCAAGAAGGGGACCCAGAAAGCAAGCAAACCAGUUUAGGGAACAGCAGAAAAAUGAAAUGAGUGUGCCACUUGGAAAGUUGCUUUCGCUCUUCCUUGUAGUUGGACCUAAACAAAAUGAUGAAGUUGGAAUUGAUGUGUGAUGCUGUGAAUGGGGGUGGAGGUGUCUCCCUAUCUUAACAAUAUAAACCAGGUUUCAUGCAAGGCGCAGUGUCCUAUUCCCAGCAGAUUUUGGUUGAGUACUAUCUCCUAUCUGGUAAAAAAAAGUGACUUUGAGCAAAUUAUCAAUUGUGAAAGGGUUAAAAAAAUACCACGUUGGAGGACCAGAACGCAGCCUUUUAAAAGGCUAUUUCCACAGCUCUGUGAGGUGAGGAUGGAUCAGGAUGGUGUUUCUUAACAGCUGGUACUCAUUUGGAUGUAAGCACUGAUUUUCUUGGAGCAAUGAGCAAGACCACUUUGUGGCUGGAGCGAGACCACUUUGCAGCUGGAGUGGUUGUUGCAUUCAGCUAGAGGGCACCUAUUUUUAGACCUUUAAGUAUUAGCCUUUUAAGGUUUUCCAAGCUGAUGUGUUGGCCCAAUUUGUAGUUGAAACACAAAAGAGCUGAAAAGCUCCCUUAGUAUGAGAUUUCUGAAAAGCACAUCUGCAUAUUUUUGCACAGACACUUUCCCUUUCCCAAUAUGUAACAGCCUUGCAGAGGUGUAUGAAGACUGAAUAGCUUACAAACAAUUUGACUACUCUUUGACUAUCUUACCCUCCAUGCACCUUCAGCUGUAACUAGCUAAAGCUCACCCUGGAAGGCAUUGUUACUCAGGCAAAAGGUCACGGCCAAAAGAGUCUUUUCAUCCUCCAUUUAGAAGCACAGAAAUCCACAAAAACAAUCUUCCAUUCACAUCUGCACACACCAACUUCUCCUUUAUUACACAAAGCAUACAGGGUUGACAUUAUGCACAAAUGCACAUCAUGGUAACCCCCCAACCACUUUGUUUUGCACAAAAAGAGAUACAAAUGCCACCUUCUCUUUCGGAAUGGCAGGAGGGCUCAAACAACUGUUCCGCACACUUACGUGAAACAUGUAGUUUGGCCCACGUCUUUGCAGUCUUGUGACACAUGGCAUUCAGAAAUUCAUUCUUCUCUUCUCCCUCCAUAGACAUACACAGACAGUUCCUCCUCAAAGCACACUUUCUCCCUCCGUACAAAUGCAGCACCAUAGUCAGAUUUCUCACUGUCCCUUUUCUACCCCCUUCCAUCACAGUUCCCACCCUGCUCUCUCUGCCCCUUGCAAACUUCUCUUCAGUCUUUACGUUCACUCCAGGGAGAAGCACCAUAGAGCAUCUUGCUUCCGAUUUCCUUCAUAAUGUGGCUUUGGGCAUUUACCUGAAUCAGUAACAGAAGAAACACUCCUGCUGAUUUCUAGAGUUGCCAACCUCCAGGUGGUGGCUGGAGAUCUCUUGGGAAAAAAUGGCUGCUUUGGAUGGUGGACUGUAGGGCAUUAUAUGCCGCUGAGGUCCCUCCUCUUUCCAAACCCUGCCCUCCACAGGCUGCGCCCACUAGAUCUCCAGGUACUUCCAAAGCAGGUGUUGGCAACCCUGGCUGAUUUCUCAGAUGCCACUUCUGGUCUCCUGUGAAGGGGAGAGGAACUGGGCACCAUUGCCCACAGGAAGUUCUCCUUUGCAUGGAUAGACUAUUCAUCUUCUCAUUGCACAAGACCCAAUAAUGGCCACAGGGGAUGUGUGAGCAACUCCUGUUAAUUCUGUCUCUGCUGCAGGUGAAUGCCUGAAGUGUUCCAGACACACAAGCACUGUGGAACAGAGCAAUUACAAUGAAAACUCUGUGCACUUCUUUUUCUUAAUUAUUUUUGGUAUUUGCUAGAAGAUUUGAAUUGCAGUAUUAAACCACCUUUUUAAAACUAAACCUAACAUGCCACUUUUUUCAGUAUUUUGUAUAAUCUUUGUACACGUUCUCAAAUGUUAUUAUUGGCCUAUUCAGACCUAUAUAAAUUUUUAUUCAGUGUUUUUUCAAGAUUAUUACAAAAAUGCAAUAUUUUAUUCAGCAUAUGUAGCCUUUUUAGAUAGAGUACUCUUGUGAAGGGCAGUUGUGCCCACUGAAACUUCUUAUACGUGCGGUACAGUAGAAUAUUAGUAUUUAUGCAAGAGCAAACCGCUUCCAGAUUUUGUUACUAAUACCAUUAAGUCAUUGUUGUUGCAUUGUGCUGUAUUGUUUUUGUUGUUUUUAAUAUUCAUCUUUGUAUUGCAAUAUAAACUGUACUAUUGUUUGUAUCUUAGAAUCAGUAUAAAUGUCUUUAUGAUA